AUGGCUUCCGCAGUUGCAACUGUUCCUAUCGCUGCUGGCUUUGGCAUUUCUUUGAAGCCCCGAGCUGCAGUGAGGGUUGCAGCUCCGUCGCUGUUCCUCGGCAACCGUAUUGCUGCUUCCAGCCGGAGCGAGACUGCCAAGACCCGGAAAUUCGUAGUGAGGGCGACCAAUGAGGAGUAUGAGGAGUCGGAGUUCGUUAAGAAGUCGAAGGAGGUUCUAGAGGAUGCGAAGGACAAGUGGGACGCCGUUGAGGAUAAGUCAACCGUCGUCAUCUACGGUGGUGGAGCUCUCGUUGCCCUGUGGCUCUCCUCCACUAUCGUCUCUGCUGUGAACUCCAUCCCUCUACUUCCGAAGUUCCUCGAGCUUGUCGGAACCGUCUACAGUGGGUGGUUCAUCUACCGUUACCUUCUCUUCAAGUCUAGCAGGAAGGAGCUGUCUCUCUUGAUUGAUGAUCUCAAGGCCAAGAUCACAGAUAAGACGAACUGA